GUUACAGUUGGGUCCAGCGUUUCCUUUCACACAGGGUUAGUUAUUUGUUAAAGAAAGUAAUACGGACGGACGUAUUGUUUUUUGAACAGCUUAGCAAUGUUGUAUUUUUGUUGACUUAAGUUAGCUUAAACUGUCCGUCAUUGCGUUAACGUUAAUUAGUUUUACUCUAGCUGGCUAACAGACGCAACUCAUUAUUAAACGUCUAUUUAUAUACCCGUGUAUAACGUUAUAUCUAUCAUUAAACGUGUUAGCAAGUUAACAUGGACCUGGAUAUUCGUCACUAUCUAACCAAGGCAAAGGAGCAGCACGACUUCGGAGCUCUGCAGUCAGCCUACAGUUUAAUCAAGAACACGACAGCAGCUGGAACAAGCGGACGGCCUCCACGCUUUGCCCUAGAGUUGUAUGUCGUGUGCGCGGAAGCAGCUCUGCAGCUUGGUUGUCUAGAGAUAAGCACAGUGUGUCUAAAGAUGUACUUUGAAAGGAAUCCGCCAGCGAAUCAAUUUUUAUGUCGAGCCUACCUCUGCCAGGGCCAGCUGAAGACUCCGCCGGCCACUGGAAGUGUGGAAGACUUUGAAGAGGCUGUGCUGGAUUUUCUUAAAGCAAUUGAAAUUUCAAAAUCUGAACCAAGAUACUACUUCAUAGUGUUCAAUGCGUCAGUGCUGUACUUCCAGACAGUGCGUCCUCUCCUGCAGCCAGGGCGGUGCCACAACCUCGUCCCCUCCCUUAGGCAGGUGGUCCAAAGUCUGGAGGAGGUGGCAGACCAGGACCACAGCUGGAGGGCUGAGCUCAUGAUGCACCUGAUCAAAUGUAUUGUGGACUCUGGGAAAACAGAGGAUGCUGCACGCUUUGCCAAAGUUACAGAAGAAUUCAUCAAGUCACAUACCCCACAUCUUUUUCCGAGACUAUUUACAUUACUGGUACAUCACAAGCUGACAGAGGGUGAUGUCCUCAUUGACAUGAGCAGGCAGUCUCCUACCUUAGCAGUCAUUUACAAAAUACAAGAUUUUAAACACAGGUUGGAAGAAAUAAAUGAGGAUGAGCCAACAAAAGCGGAGCUUGCGCAGAUUUUUCAUCUCCUGGUGGAUUGUACUGAAGUAUCCGCUACACCUGUGAACUCCAGCCCUCUUCAGAGGCCAACACCCAUCGAACCAGCGGACAGAGUUGCCUUCCUACUGGAGUUGGCUCUGCUGGCCUUGCAAAUGAAGCAUCAGAAAGUUGCUGCCAACUGUUUGAAAGAGCUGAAGUCGGUGGGAGACGCUAGUGUUGGCCAACGCAUAAUAAUGGAAUGUGUCAACUGUGAAAUCAACCUCCUGAAGCGAGAGGCGACGAUGAAUAACUAUUCCAAAGCCAGUGUGGAGGCACGUCUGAAGGAGAUAGGCAAGCUGGAUCAGUUGCUGCAGACUGCAGUAAGCGAAGGGGAACCUCAGGCCAUGCAGGCAGUGUGUGCUACCCAGUGGAGCUUCUGCCUGCCCCUCCUGCAGCACAACCUUAGGAAACGCAUCAAGACACCUCUGCUCAGUGUGGCCCAAGUACUGGAAGACAUGCAAAGUAUGUUGCUAGAGAUGCGCUGUCAAGUCCAUUCAGAGCUGGCAGUGAUUGAAGAGGAGGAGGGGCACCUUGAGGCUUCUUUGAGUCAGCUCCAGAAAGCCAUGCGGCUGGAUAACGGGACACAACGAGAACGCCUGUCGUCAGCUUUUCACCUCCUACAGCUCAGAGGGACCCUCUACCAAACGCCCUCCCGGACUGAGGAUGAAGCCGCUAUGCUUAUGCAGCAGGCCAGGGACAUGCAGCCGCAAGAUAAGACAGACUGUCGUCCCAUCCUGAUCGCUGUGGGUCUCCUUUUGGCCCCUGAUGAUUUCCAGAUUGUGCUGGAUGCAGACGACACCUCCAAAAGCAGUUUUGGAUCUGGACCAGUGGCACAGCUCUUUGCUAAGGCUCAGCAUCACUCUACAUCUGUUCAAAAGAUGGAUGGACACCUGGCCAGACAAGGAGAUGACAAAGACAACACAGAGAGGGUAAAGUUGUGGGCAACACUGGCAAAAACAGCCAGGAAACAGGAAAUGUGGGAUGUGUGCCGAGCUGCUUGUCGAUUCUGUCUGCUUUACGAUGAUGGGAGGUGGAAGAUUUCCAAGACUGACAAAUGUAGAUGCUCAGAAGAAGAAAGCUGUGCAGAAUGUCACGAUUGCAAUGGAAGUCAAACCUGUGUGAAGGACUUGCUGCGCCUUUUAGCUGAAAUUCACUUCAUCAGUGCUGAGGCCACUGUCCAAAAGCUGCUAACAGAGGGGGUGCAGCUUAACAGCCCUGCUGUACCUGCUGUAGAAACAGAGGUGUGUGUGUCUGAAGAUGAUCCACACUGGGUUGUUUACAGAGACUGGAUCCAGGCUCUGUCUGCCUACGCCACCUCCAACUUCUUGCGGGCAGCGGAGCUCGGUGCAGAGAUCAGGGAGCCCUGGGUCGUAGCAAAUGCAGCCGUUUACCUGUGGAACUACAGCAGCCACGUGUUAGUAGCUGGGGAGUACCAACACCUGCUUCCCACCUUCCAGAGUCUGGUGGAGGUCCUUCGAAAAACAGAGUACACAGGGACUCGUGUUCUGUUUGUGCUGCUGUGUAAUGCUGUGGCCCGGGGGUUGAUCCAGCCUCUGUGUGGACCAUACAGCAUCGCUCUGCCAGGAGACAAGAGUAAAAGCAAAGCUGAAAAGGGAAUGGAGAAGGCUGCCAGUGUCCUUGGUUUUUUUUUAGAACCUGCUGCCCUGCAGGAUGUCCGCAAGGCAUUAGAGUUGUGUGACUAUGCCCUUUACAUAUCCAACUGCAACAUCCCAGGGGAGACUGUACCUAUCGCAGCAAGGAAGCAGGUGGUGGCCACAUGGGUGCAGAUCAAGAGGCUCUUGCAACAGCAGAUUGGCCCAAAGAUGGAUAUUAAAGAUGAGUGUGAGAAUGAGGACGUGUCAGCGAUGACGCGUGUGCUGGUUGGAGUGGAGAUGCUCCAGUGCAAUAGGAACCCGAGGCAUAUGGAGUUCUCCGUUCCCAGUCUCUCCACACUGGUGAGCAUGGCGUCUGAAUGCAGCUGGACUGACGCCGUGGUGGAGUUGCAGGUGUGGUGCCAGCUGGCUGCCUUCUGCCACUAUUCCAAGGACCACAGCUUGGUGUUGUGCUGCACCAAGAAUGCUCUGCAGCUGGAAGAAGCAGCAGCAAAGAACCUCAAAACCAUGCCUUGUGUUUUGUAUGGCCUGACUGCAGUGAAUGAGAUGCUGAGCACUGCGGCUUGUUUGAGGGGUUUGAGUUUAAUCCAUGAGUCCAAUGGAGAUCUCCACAGUUACAGAGAGGCUAUGAAGGUGCUCCUGUCCAGUGUCAGCUAUGCUGAGGCUGAGAAUCCAGCAUUGUGUGUCGCAGCUGCCAGGCAUUACUGGAAUGCUUGUCUACCCCUGACACAAACUCCUGAGGAAAGAUGGCAGCUCAAGGAGCCCCUGGAGAAGAUCCUGGUUGCUCUGGUUCAUACCAACUUGAAACAUGCAAAUGCUCUGGAUGUGGAAGGGGAUUUACAGAAAAGAGUGCUGGAUCAGAUACAUAGAAAGAAGCAGGGCAAAAUGAAAGGCUUGCUGACCUUGACAGCACUGCCUCUUGGGAGUUCUAAACAUGAAGCAACAGUAGGUGAAGAGGACCUAACCCUGAGAGCAGCCAUUUACAGUUUGUUGCUCCACAUCCACAUUGAUAAGAUAGACUGGAAAAGUGCUCUGCAGCUGCUGGACCAAGCUAUUAGAGAAAUGCCUCGCACCAGACACCGGAUACCUCUGCUGAAACACAGAAUACUGGUUAAAGCACGGCUGGAUGAAAAUGUACUGAUGGACAUGCAGAAGUUACAAGACGAAGGAGAGCAGUGCCAUUCAUUCAUGUGGCACCAGGUGGCUCUGUGUGCUGACAAGAUAACCCAACAGCUCAUCUGCUACCAGAAAUCCAUCACCUCUCUGUUGCAGAGUGUAGAGACUCAUUGGCAGAAAGUCAGCCUUCUGCUAGAGUUUGGAGAGUGGCUAUACUCUCACAACUUCCCCAAAGCUGAUGCCGAACACCAGGUUCAGUGGGCCAUAGACAUCCUUCUACACUUGGAAACUGAACAGACUGGAGGAGAAGAGGAGGAGUCCAAAAAGAUGGAUUUGAGUUCUGUGGAAUGCGAGUCCCAGGUAGGAGUCCGGGGCUUGUUAUUCACACAGCGUUUGUGUAAUCUGAAGGAGGUAUGGCGCCUUGAUGGCUUGGUACGAGCACACACUCUGCUCGCUGUCAUGGCAGACAAGACUUCACCUGAGCACCAGCUUAACCUGCUCCGAGCCUACACCUUUGUACUUCGAAUAUGGCAGGUGUCCAUGGCAGUGGGUUGUGAGAUUUCCACUGAGAUGGCAAAGACUCAGCCAUCCCAGCCUCCUCCCUCUGCUGGAUCCAAAAAAGGCAAAGACAAGGGCAAAGGCAAAAAGCCCUCCCCUGCAGAAGACAAACCUAAACCUGUUGUCUUGGAUCAGGCACUUCCUUCCACCCCAAAAGACUGGGCUUGCUACGUCUGUCCUGACCAGGCCAGGCAGAUCUUCAGAUCCAACAGUAACCCUCACUGUAUCAAUGCACACAGCAUUAGAAAGAAGACUCAAAGCCUGUUUUAUCUCAACCUGCUGGAAAAAGAACUUCACUCACUCUCACUGGACCACCUGACGCUGCCCAUAAUCCAUUUAGCUGAGACCAUUGCUCAUGACCUUUUGGAAAAUAGGAGCCUGUCCUACCUCUACCGACUUAGAAUUGUGAAGAGCUGUUGUGAGCUAGGUUUGGAGUCACAGUGCCCAUAUCAGGAGAAGCUCCUGAAUCUGAGUAGAAUCCAAGAACAAGAACAGAUGAGAUGCCACAAAGCGAUUGCUUUUUCACAGGAGAGGAGAGGCCUUCAGAAAGCUUACAUUCAGGUGGAUGAAAAGGCUGGGUCUGGGCGACAGAAUAGGAAUGUGUGUACUCAGGACAUUUGGCUGGAUAAAGCUGAGGUUUGCCUCAGCAUAGGCCUCUAUCAACCAGCCAGGCAGCUCCUGGCAGAGGCCCACAUGGUGGCUAUGGAGCUGGGAGACCAGAAAGCAAUGGCAAGAAGUUUACUCAGCCUGGCCAUUCUGGCCUGUGAAGAGCAGAACUAUGCCCAGGCUCUGAUCCUGCUGGUCAAAGCCCAAGCCCUGGGUGGAGAUGAGGAGUUCUGGUAUCAGCUCACCCUCACCAAGGUCAGAGCUGUAGUAGGCCAGAGAGACCAAGAUGCAUACACCAAGGUUGAUCAGAUUAUAAAACAAGGCUGUGGGGCUCUGAAGCUGGUUCUGGAGCAGCGAGUAAAUCGAGUCCCAGAACUCACAUUCUUGAUAUCUUCAUUAGAGAUGAGAGGUGCCAUUGAAUGUAUACGUGGCCUUGGUGGUGGUGAACCUGGAGAGACACUCAGCACCGAGGUUGUCCAGAGGCUAAUGGCCGCCUGUGAUACACUCAGAGAGUGUGCCAGUGGUUUCUCUAAACUCACCUGUGGAGAACAUGCAGCCGAGGCACAUGUAGAGUACGCACGUGGUCUGAGGAUCCUAGCCAACCAUGCUAAUCAAAUAGAGGACAAACAGCGCUUCCUGCUUGACGGCAUCUCCCAAAUGCAGCUAGCUGUUAUAGAGCAGGAACAUGUGGUGCUGAAUGCUCAGCGGCUGCUCCCCUCACAGGAGGAGGGCCAUGGACUGUCGCUGGCACCCACGCGGAGGCUGCUGCGCCUGCGACUCGCUCUGGCUGAAUUUUGUCUGGCCGUGCUGGAGGAGCACUGUGCUGAGAAGAAACGCCAAGCUCUAGCCCGGGAGAGGAAGACCUCUGCUGAGAUAGCACUGGAGGAGUUUACACGCUGCACACCUGAGCCCAACUCUAUUGAACAGGAAUGGGUGAGUACAGGCAGUACCUUGGGGCAGGUGGCUCUGGGCCAGCUGGCUGCAGUCAGUUCUCACUCCCUGGACAACAUGGAGACCAGAGCCAGCUGCUUGAGUCUGAUGGGAAAGUACCUUAUAUUGCUGGCUGUGCAGGAGGACCCCAUUUAUCUGUGUGCUCUUUGGGAAAGACACAAACAGAAGGAGCCCUGGUCUGACCCUAAAGCUGUUUCCUUGGAGGGGGAACAUUCAGAGGAAGAGAAAGACAGAGAAUCAAGCAGAAGAGAGCCGAGGGUGAUCUCUGCCAAAAGUGCUGAGCUUCAGCAGAGGAGGCAUAGAGCCCAGCAGCUGUUGGCACAGGCCAGUAAGGCACUGGCUGAGGCCGUCAGCCUGUGUCUCCAACACAAGCUUCCUGCCUCCAUCCUGGCUGAUGCCUCUCUCAACAUGUUGGAGUGUCAUGGCCAGUCUGACCCUGCAGUGGCAGGUCAAUACCUUGCCCUGUUUCAGAGCUGCUGCACUGUUGCUACGAUGGCUGGGGUACUAAGUUCUGCGUGUGCAGGCACCAGUGUGUCCCAGCUCUCUGCUCUGCUCAACCUUCAUAGGAAACUGCUCCUCUCUCAGGAGGAGAGACCCAGCAGCAUGCUGAACAGAGUGGAGGACUCCCUCAAUAGCCUCUCAAAGGCCUUCAACCACCUGACCAUCCAACCCAGCCACCUAAAUAUCCUUGCAGAGCUUCCGCCCAACCUGAAGAUCCUGCUGCUUCAGCACUCCAAAGAUGGGUCAGAACUUUAUGGGGCCUUCCAUGAGAUGACCAAAGCUCCAAAUCAAAAGGGAAAGACUCCACAAGUUACAGGUAUCCUGACGUGCUCUAGGGUGGCCAAGGUUUUAGUCUGCCCGCGGACUCUGCUGGCCCUGAGGGAAAAGACUAGACAUGCCCUCCUCAAGGAAGCUUGUUGGCACGGUGAUAAGGGCAGAGUGGAGGCCUCUGUGGAGCAUCAGACUUUCCCCCCUAAAAAUGCCACAGAAGAAAUGUUAGCACCUCUCUUCAGAGAAAUUGUACAAGAUAUGGAAGACUAUUUGAAUCCACUCCUCACACAGUUUGACUUCUCUUGCUUAAGGCCCCAGGCUGCAUCCCUGCAAGACAUGACCAAAACCAAAGAUAAAGAAGAGAAAGAACCAGGGGAGUAUGUGGUGUUGCUGGCAGACACGAAGUUGCUAGAGUUGCCACUGGAAGCCUUGACCAUCCUGCAGGAGAAAGGUCUGAGUUCUGUGUCACGAGACUUCUCUCUCCAGCUUCUGCACAGUCGCCUGAACAGAGAAGAACCAGAGAAAGUUGAAAGUGACAACAAAAAGGAGACCAAAGGUGGCAGGGGAACUAAGGGGAAGGGAGAUCAAAGCCAAGCCAUCAAAGUGGUACCAGUGAAUUGUGUGUUGCCUUCUAACACCUUCCCAGUGGACACACGUAACUUCAAAUAUAUUGUUGACCCUCAUAAUGAAGGCAACUUUGAAGGGACCAGUCUGGGCAUGAGGAUUAAGGAGCUUUUGGAAACCCACAACCAGCAUUUUACCCAUCUGUGGGAGGGCUUCGUGGGCAGCAAUAAAAUGCCCAGUCUGUCAGAGAUGGAGCAGCUGCUGUGCAGGUGCAGUGCCUUCAUUUACCUGGGGAUGGAGCGCUUCAUGGCAAACAUUCCACCUGCCAAACUAGCAGCCCUCAAUCUGUCUGAGUGUCGCAUGGCUCUGCUCUUUGACCUAGUUCACAACAAUGCCAGUCUUCUCCGCCAAUCAAACCUUGACAUGCACAAGAGUGCAGGACAGUUUGCCCUUGAGAAACCACUGGAGACUGCUCUGCUGUUGAGCAUGGCUGGUGUCGGCUGUAUAGCCCUCAACCAGUGGCCCAGCACCCUUCAACGGAACACACACAAUAUGGUCAAUGUUCUGGAAAAUCUACUGAGGGUCAGACAGACCUCUGGCCAGGCCAUCCAUGCCCUGAGGAAAGGAGAUGGUUCAGAGAUACCUCAUCACAAGGUUACAGGAUCAUAUGAUCAAUUGCUCCUCACUGACACAAAGAGAGACGAUGUUCACCAUAAAACGACUCUCACACCCUCAGCCUUCAACUGCAUUCUUUAUGGGCUCCCUAACUUAAUCGUCACAUAAUAUGCUGUAUAUCCUCAAUAUUUCUCACUUAUAUUUCAAGAUGAUUACAGGCAUACAUGUCAGCCGACAUUUAUUACUGUGUGCAUACAACUAAAGCUACUGUAAUAUGAGAGGGAUAAACAUCUCAUUAAAGAUGAAAGGUAUCCUACUGAUCAGAUGUUUUUAAAAUUGCUUUUACCGUACUGAUAAUAUGACACAAUAUGCCACAUGCCUUACUCUGCUAAGGAGCUCUCAAUGCUCUCGCAGAGAGUAGCUUACAGACACAUAUUGUAUUAUUAAAAUAGAAAUGUUACUGAUAACAUUGUGCUGAUGAGUUGCACCUUUAGGAUCUCUGCCUUGGAAAUAACACUCAAUAUAUUGUGAGAUUACCAAACCAGCCAGCCAACCAAGAAACAGUUUUGGCACCUAACCCUGUGUAAAACUAUAACUUUACGCUUUGCUUGUUGAAUUAAUUAAAGAUAUAACAAGUUAA